UGACGUCAAUAGCAGACUUUGGUGUUUCCGGUGGGCUGACAUCCAAACGCUUGUCAGGAGUAAAGAGUUGCUGUUCCGUCACUGAAUAACAGAAUAACGCACAAACCGAGUCCCCUUGUAAGGCUCGGAAAGGAAAACGAUCAAAGGUCAAAUCUAGUGUUCACCAUGGCAUCAGGCAGUGCGAUCACCGAGGAGGAGAAGAGUCUGCGAGAAUGCGAGUUAUACGUGCAAAAACACAACAUCCAGCAGCUGCUGAAGGACUGCAUCGUACAACUGUGCACCUCACGACCUGAACGACCAAUGGCCUUCCUCCGAGAAUCCUUUGAGAGACUGGAAAAGGAGGAAGCGAAGCAGAUCCUGAACCAGCAGAAAGCCACUUCUCGCUCAGACUCGCGUGAGGAUGAAGUGUCUCCUCCCAUGAAUCCCGUGGUGAAGGGUCGCAGACGGAGAGGAGCUAUCAGUGCUGAGGUUUACACUGAGGAGGACGCUGCUUCAUAUGUUAGGAAGGUUAUCCCUAAGGACUACAAAACUAUGGCUGCUCUUGCCAAAGCUAUUGAAAGGAAUGUGCUUUUCUCACAUUUGGAUGACAAUGAACGAAGCGACAUAUUCGAUGCAAUGUUCCCGGUCACCUACAUUGCAGGAGAGAUUGUUAUCCAGCAAGGUGAUGAGGGCGAUAAUUUCUAUGUCAUAGACCAGGGCGAAGUGGAUGUGUAUGUUAACAGCGAGUGGGUCACAAGUAUUGGAGAAGGGGGCAGCUUUGGAGAACUGGCUUUAAUCUAUGGGACCCCAAGAGCAGCGACUGUCAGAGCCAAGACCAACGCAAAGCUCUGGGGUAUUGACAGAGACAGCUAUAGGAGAAUACUGAUGGGCAGCACUUUGAGGAAGAGGAAGAUGUAUGAGGAGUUCCUAACCAAAGUAUCCAUUUUAGAGUCUCUGGAUAAGUGGGAGCGUCUGACUGUGGCUGAUGCUUUAGAGCCGGUGCAGUUUGAGGACACCCAGAAGAUCGUAGUGCAAGGAGAACCAGGGGAUGAGUUCUUCAUCAUCCUAGAAGGAUGUGCUGCGGUUCUGCAGCGGAGAUCAGAAUAUGAAGAGUUUGUGGAGGUCGGCCGGUUAGGACCAUCGGACUACUUUGGUGAGAUCGCACUGCUCAUGAACCGGCCCCGUGCGGCCACUGUGGUGGCCCGCGGGCCACUGAAGUGUGUCAAGUUGGACAGGCCUCGUUUCGAGAGGGUGUUGGGGCCCUGCUCGGACAUCCUGAAACGCAACAUCCAGCAGUACAACAGCUUCGUCUCGCUCUCCGUCUGAAACGGCCCCCUCCCGCAACCUCUGUCGGGUCCAUCAUCGACACAGUUUCGUUUUUAAUGUACACAUCAUAUACACAAGCUCGUUAAUUUUCUUGUGCUUCCCAUUUGACCGUCACAUCGUCGAAAGCUUAUACAGCGUUGUCAUUGUUGGACAUUUAGAGCCAAAUGAAAAGAGAGACAAUCAAACAUAUGCUCGUCCAAUCAAAUCACAGCUUUUAUUUCACCGAAUUUUUACCUGGAACUCCAGCACUGAACUGAAUAAAAAGCAGGAGUUAAAAUAUAUUUAUAGUAAAGUUAUUUUAAAACAAUUGUGAAUUCCUUUACCCAUACAGUGCUGAAGUUAGUUUUUUAAGACUAGUUUUCUAUAAGAGACGAACUGCCUACGAAAAGAAUUAUGUAGUUACAUUGUCAUUCAGCUCCUUUAAGCCUUACUGCCGAAUUUGCCCUAUACAGACCUUCUCAAACAAAGACAUGAUGUUAUUUAAUGGAGAAAACAACGGUCAGAAAUAUGUCACAACUGUAGGAUUGAAAUUUUUGUUGUUAUCAUUCCAGCACACUUUCUUGAUAUUUGUGUUUUGUUGCUUGUAGUUAAUAUGUCAGGUCAUUCCCAAGCAGUAUAUAUGUGUUAGGUUUUAUAGUAGGAGAAGCUGGCUCAACAAUUUAAAAAACAUUUAAAACUAUUAAGCAUAACAGUUAUGUGAUUGAAAUGAUAAUUGUUAUAUUUCUGCUAAAAAAGCCAGUGCCAAACGUUGGACAGAGCCUCAGUUCUUCACUUGAAUUUUGCUUCUAGCAGUGAAUGGUGCACCAUUGCGGAGACACUGAUAAUAUUUCAUUUGUAUUUUAAAAUUGCAUGUGGCUAUCACUGAGUGAGAAUCGUUUUCAGUUUGAAUGCUUCAGUAUUUACCUUUUUGUCAGUAUAUGCCCAAAAAUACAAGUUUUAUUUUUAAUAAGCUUAUUUUUCCACAAAUGAUACCUUCAAGUACACAGUUGCAUAUUUAGACGCAUGUCGUAUUUUGAAUUUACCUUAUUUGUUAUUUUCUCUCAUGGGUGUUUCUAUGGCGAUUUUUAACAGGCUUGUAGCAGUUUUAAUGUUCAAUUGAAAAUGAAAUGAUUAAAAAUCAUGUAAAUGCUGGGGUAUCUGGUUUUCUAGUGGUACAGUUUGAAAACCGAGUCUGAUAAGUUCUAUAUAAUAAAUAAAAACAAAAUGAAUUAAA